AUGGCAGAGGUGAUAGGUACUUUCAUAUUGAUGUUUUGUGUGUGUGGAAUCAUUUCAAGCACACAACACCAAGACAAUGCAGUGGGUCUUCUAGAGUAUGCAGCUACAGCAGGAUUAACAGUGGUUGUGAUAAUUUUUUCUAUUGGCCAAAUUUCUUGUGCUCAUGUUAACCCAGCUAUCACAAUUGCCUUUGCAACAAUUGGUCAAUUUCCAUGGUUCAAGGUUCCGAUUUACAUAAUAGCACAAACAAUAGGUUCUUUGGUGGCAACAUAUAUUGGUAGCCUUGUCUAUGGAAUAAAAUCAGAUGUUAUGAUGACUCAACCACUCCAAGGUUGCAACUCUGCGUUUUGGGCGGAGCUUAUUGCAUCAUUCAUCAUCAUGUUUUUGGUUACAGCUUUGACAUCUGAACCUCAAUCUGUAUCAGUAAGUACUAAUUAA